AUGCACGCGAUCGGCGAGUCGCAGCCUCGAGAGGCAACAGUGCAGACAGGAAGCUUGAUGAGCUUCCACAGGCGCUUUGGACACCUUAAUUACAAAGAUAUUAAGCGACUCGUCGCGAAUCCAGCAAACGGGCUCGAGCUCACAGACAAAGUGAGGGAGAAUUGCUUGAUAUGCUCCGAGGACAAACAGUUUAAGUCGGCACAUCCAAAGAAGAAUAGCGGUCUUAACGAGCCGAUUGACGUGGUCGGUGGGGUCAUUUGCAGUGACCUUAUAGGCCCCAUGACGCCCAUUUACAAGCGGAUAAACCGACACUUGAUUGAUUUUAUCGACCACAAAUCCAACUACGUGCGUGUGGUCGUCGCAAAGUCCAAGGACGAAGCCGCACGAAAGUUCCAGCGCUUAGUGGUCGUUUUUGAAAGACAAUUAAACGUGCGAGUUUACAUGAUGCGGACGGAAGGAGGAGGCGAGUACCGAAACCUCAAUCUCUUCCGUCAGCAGACGGGCAUAGGCAGCUACUGGGGAUACGCCACAGAAUACGCGGCGUACGUGGUGAAAAGGAUGCCGAAUCGCGCCGAUCCAGGCCGCAAAUCGCCAUUGGAGCUGCUCAAGAAGAAGCCAGUGAUUGUCGUGGACAUGGUGGUGUUCGGCUCGCUUUGCAAAGUGUACCAGAACCCAUAA